UACAUACAUCCCAGGCCGUGGGUACAAGUCGCUGCCCGACUCCACAAUGUCCUCUUCGGGGCCGCAUCGAGUAGCUCGCCCAGCAGCUCGCUACAGGCCGGGUAAGGCGCCCGUCCAAGGCGAGAGGUACGACUCUGAUGAGUCUGGCGAAGAGGCCGAUGAGCAAAAUGGACCACGCUCGAGGCAGGCACAAGGCAAUGAUGUCAAGCACGAGGAGAUUACCGACUUCAAGAGCUUCAACAAUCGACCUGCCAGCCAGAGAAGAACAGCAGGAGUCGUCAUCAACGUGGGCAGCGGCAGCGGCAGCGGAAGUGGCACUUCUCGCCCCGUCACCACAUCUCUCAAGCCCAAGCCUGAAGAGCCUGAAUUCGAUUCCGACGAGUACGAGACAGACACAGACUCGGACGGCGAGGCGGCAGAUGCAAAGCCACCAGCUGCCGCCUCAGCCCCCGAUGUGAAAGCUGCGGAGAGCGAGAGCGAGUACGAGACGGAUAGCGAAGAGGAAGAGAGCAGCGAGGAAGAGGAGGAGGUGAAGCCGAUGUUCAAACCGAUGUUUGUGCCCAAAUCACAACGUCAAGGGACGGCCUCUGUUCAGCCUACAAGCGGCCCAGCGGCCCCAUCCGCCCCAGCCGCACCCUCUUCGACAGCCGAAGACCUCCAGGCCAAAGCUGAAGCGGAAGCAGCUCAGCGCCGUCUAGAAUCGCAGCGUCUAGCAGGCGAGCGCAUCAAGCUGGAGCUUCUGGAGAAACAAGCCGCCGAGUCCAAGCCCGACCUAGACGAUACAGACGACUUGGAUCCUGCAGCAGAAUUUGCUGCCUGGCGCCUGCGCGAGCUGCAGCGUAUCAAGCGGCAGUGGGAGCAGGAGAUUCAGCGAGAGGAGGAAGAGGAAGAGCGUACCCGUCGCGAGAAUAUGACGGAGGAUGAGAAGCUCAGGAUGGAUACGGCUCGGGCUGAGGAGACUUGCAAGCGCAAGGACGAGGAGAGGGGGAAGAUGGGUUUCAUGCAAAAGUACUACCACAAGGGCGCCUUUUUCCAAGAUCUGGACAUACUCAAGAAGCGGGACUAUUCUACGGAGAAGACUGAGGGACAAGUGGAUAUCAGUCAACUACCCAAGGUGAUGCAAGUGAGGGAUUAUGGAAAGAGGGGAAGGAGCAAAUACACCCAUUUGGCCGACGAGGAUACGACGCGCAAGGCGGAUCCUCGACCCACCAACGGCUUGGGCAGUGCCUCUGCAGGUCCCUCAUCGUCUGCUUCUUCCUCUGGAUGCUUCCAUUGCGGAUCCCCAGACCACCGCAAGAAGGACUGUCCGGUUCUUACAGCCGAAAAGGAGAAGGAGAGGGAGGAGCGCAGGGCGCAGUACCAGCAGGAAAGGAGGGGAGGACGAGUCGAGGGCGGUGGUGGCGGCAGUAGUGGUGGUGGUCCUUCAGCAAGAGAUGCAGGCUGGGGAACUGCUCCUAGAAGACCAGCACAAGAUCCCCGAGCUCGAUCGCCUCCUCCGAGGGACGGGCGCAGCUAUGAACGCUACGAAGGCUCCAGAGAGUAUGGUUACGAUCGAUCAUCCGGUCGCGAUCGUGAUCGUCAUCGAGACCGGGAUCGGGAUCGAGAUCGGGACCGAGUACGGGACAGCGAGCGGGAGCGGGAGCGGGAUCGAACUCGAGCAAGGGACGGGGAGAGGGACAGGUAUGUCGACCGCCCUGACCAGGGGCCAAGACGAGAGGCCGCGGCCGGUGCCGGUGGCAGAGGUGGCAGAGGUGGCGAUGGCGAUGGUGGUGGUGGUGGCGGCGGCGGUGGCGGUGGCAGAGGUGGUGGUGGUGGUGGUGGUGGUGAAGAGACAAAGGAUCGUUGGGCUAUGCGUAAAGAGCGUGAGGCAGCACAACGAGCAGCAGCAGCUACAGCAGCUACAGGAGCGGCUGCGAGUGAUGGACGAUAG